UCUCAAUAAGAAGGGAAGCAUUUUCCCGCAUGAAUCCCCGCUCGAUCUAUUCUUUCCUGAUUUUUUUUCUUUUUCUCUCUUUCCUCGUCGUUUAAAUCUGCUGUUUGUGUAGCUUCCAAAGGUCAGUUGGACACUUAAAAUCUACUACGUACAAUGCAGUUUAUCACUUUGCUACGCCCGGAACGUCGCGUGAACGUGGCAGCGAGGAUGGAUCUUAGUCCACCCGCCUUGUGUUACUCAAGCUGCAACGACGCGUAUCUCGAAGCACGGGACGUUGGGAAAUCUCCCAGUUUAUGUUCUGAUAAUAGUCACUUCAUGCGCUCCUACAAGGAGUGCUACUCAUGCGUUGUGGCUACAGCUGCUGAAGAUCCCAGGGAAGCUGUCAACGCUUAUCUUGACCCCACAUUCUCACAGUACAUCUCGUACUGCCGAGAGCAAAAAAAUAUUGACCCAUCAUGGUAUAAAUCGACGACAACAUGGGCAAUAGCCACGUAUACGAACCAAAAUGGACCUAUAGUGACUGUAACCGUGCUGGUUGAUACCACGGUUCUUCGUCCCGACUGGACUGGUUUCCACACUACUACAUCCAUGUCACAUGCAACAACAACAGCCAACUCAUCACCCCAAGCCAGCAACAUCACCUCCUCUCAACCCCUAACUACAACCAAUCCAACUCCUGACGAACCCAGCACCAGAGAGGCAACACACAGCCUUAGCCCCUGAGUAUGGGCCAUCGUCGGUGCCGUACUAGCCUUGGCACUUCUCGGGCUCGGAAUCCUUCUGUUCUUAUACAGAAAGGGAAAACUCCGAUUCUUCAA